GAGAGCUCCUUUUGUCUCAUGUCUUUCAAGCAGCUCUAUAAAUACCCUGCUCCGGUGUUACCUCAACCAGACCAAGAGGUGCUUCUUCACGACUAAAGCAAACAACCCAAUGAAUAAAGAGGGAAGCAGCUCCUUAUAAAUACAACUCUGGAAGGAAACUUCCAACGGCAGCAUCAGGUGACCAAGUGACUUAAAAAAAGAGAGAAAAACCGAGAAGGAAGCGACCUAAUACCCACCAGAAGCAAUGAAUUCUGAUUCCAGCUCUGUUUCCAGCAGAGCGUCAUCACCAGACAUGGAAGAAAUGUAUCUCAGAGACCAUCAGCUCCGCGACACGAGAUUUAACUCAGUGUCUUCCUCUCAGAACGAACUGCUCCAGAAGAUGACAAGCGAGCACCUCGCCAAUAUAGAGGAACAGAUGACAGGGGGAGGCAAGUACAAACUUAAGAAGCAGGGCUCAGAGCAAGACGUUCAGCAACUCCGUCUGAAAAUCAACGGGCGGGAGCGCAAGAGGAUGCACGACUUAAACCUGGCAAUGGACGGCCUGCGAGAGGUUAUGCCCUAUGCACACGGACCUUCGGUAAGAAAGCUCUCCAAAAUAGCCACCCUGUUGCUCGCCAGAAACUACAUCUUGAUGCUCAACAGUUCCCUCGAUGAGAUGAAAAGACUGGUCGGCGAGAUUUACGGUGGACAUCACUCCGCUUUUCAUUGCGGGACAAUAGGUCAAACUGGUUGUCACCCAGGACACUCGAACCCCCCUCACCAAGUCCACCCGUUGCUGAGCAGUGCCCUGUCAUCUACAACCCCGUCUACUCUCUCCGCAGCGUUACCAGGACUUACCUCAAUCCGAGCACCUCAUUCACUGCUGAAGACAGCACCCACACCUCCACUCCAACUGGGCAACGGUUUCCAACACUGGGCAGGUUUACCUUGUCCCUGUACCAUUUGCCAGGUACCACCACCUCCAUUCUCUGCUCUUACUGGCAUGACAAGACUCUCAUCACAAACAAAAGACUUAGUAAAGUAAGAUGUGAUGUAUAAAUAUAAAAAAGACUGCACAUAAGUAUACAAUUGUAUAUGUUGUGCAUCAAGCGAAUUUUGGAAAAGCACACUGCAACAAGAAAUUUUAUUUACAUGCAUGCUUCUUUUGAAAAAUACAGGCCAUGUUUUAUCACUUUAAACCAACAUGAUGUUUUUUUCUUGUAAUAAGGGGUUAGACUAAUAAUUAUAAGCUUCAAAGAUAAAUGUCUUGAUGGUUAUUAAUGUAUCAGCCUUUAAUGUUCUUAUCAUAACACAUUAUUUUAUAGUCAUCAUACUCUAAGUAUGUAUAUAUUGUCUCUAUACUACACAGAAUCAAAUACACGUUUGGUUUUGUUAGGAUAUUUUAGUUUUGAAACUGAAAGGCAAACUUUAUCUUCAUUACAGUUUUGUCAAAAAAAAGUUAAUAACAUUGAAAUCUCUGAAAAAAAAAAAGAUUGCAUGCAUGUUUAAUCCCGAGUCUUGUUUUAGAAUGAAUUGACACAAUUUGCUAGAAUUAAGAAUGUAUUGUGUUCCUUGUAACAAGGAUUUAGAGAUUGCAUUCUUCUCAAAGUUUUAUUUCCGUGGUUGUAUAUGAUUUGAAAUAAUGGAAAACUGUAUGUCUUUUAUGUUAUUGUAAAAUGCUGAGAAUGUAAAUUGGUUUUUAAUUAGGUUUAUUAUUAUUAUUUUGGUCCACCUUUACUUAAUUCAGUAUGGCUUAUGUGAUUAUACCAUGUUAUAAAUAUUUGCUUUUCCGGGAAAUACUUUGUCAUGCCUCAAAGACAACAUUGUGUCUUUAUUUUUGUACAUUAUUGAUGAUUAUUGAUAUAUUUAUUAUAACCCAGUG